CACAAACAUUGACUCGAUUGACAGUUCUUCUCCGGCUCGACUUUGUGUUUCAAUCGCUUCGAAAAUUGUUUGUCAUUUGGACAAGAAAUUAUUGUUAGUUGCCGAAUUAUCUGUUUUAAUAAACUUCUACAAAAGAUGUUUCUCACCAGAUCCGAAUACGACCGAGGUGUCAAUACAUUCUCGCCUGAGGGUCGCCUCUUCCAAGUGGAAUAUGCUAUCGAGGCAAUUAAGUUAGGCUCGACGGCGAUCGGUAUUUGUACACAAGAAGGCGUUGUAAUGGCUGUAGAAAAACGGAUCACCUCUCCCCUGAUGGAGCCGACCAAGGUGGAGAAAAUUGUCGAGGUUGAUCGGCACAUUGGUUGCGCUACAUCCGGUCUGAUGGCGGAUUCCCGAACCUUGUUAGAUCGGGCCCGAGUCGAGUGUCAGAAUCAUUGGUUUGUGUACAACGAACGGAUGUCUGUAGAGUCCUGCGCUCAGGCAGUGUCAAGUUUAGCGAUUCAAUUUGGGGAUAGCGACGAUACUGGUUCGGCGAUGAGCCGUCCUUUUGGUGUUGCAAUACUUUUUGCCGGCAUUGAAAACGGGGAGACUCAAUUGUGGCAUAUGGACCCGUCUGGAACGUACAUUCGGUAUGAUGCUAAAGCCAUCGGUUCGGGCAGUGAGGGAGCGCAGCAAAACUUACAAGAAUAUUACCUCCCAACGAUGACUAUCAAGGAGGCGAUCAACCUAGCUCUCAGUACUCUGAAGCAGGUUAUGGAGGAGAAGCUGAAUUCUACCAAUGUAGAAGUUAUGACAAUGACUGCAGGCGAACUGUUCCGGAUGUUCGUUAAGGAGGAAGUCGAAGAAUACAUCAACAAUAUGAGCUAAUUUCAUUCUACUCAAAUAUAUCAUUAUUCCUUA